UCUCUCUUGGUCUCUCUAGCUAGCUAUAUAUCUCUCUCUCCUAGUUGUACUUUUCAAUCACUGACGAUGUCUACUACUAGGGAAGGUGAUGAACAUAAUCAUGAAUCGCAAGAGGCGAGGCUGCAGAGAAUUGAAUCAAGUAAUAUUGCUGGUAUUGAAUUGAUGCUUAGCAAACUUGUCGACUCUCUUGCUCAUAACCAACGACAAAUGCUAGAGACUCAAGCACAAAGCCAACAGCAUUUGCUAGAGUUGUUAACAACAAACUUUAAUAAAGGACUAGAGGAAGUACUGAGGCAACAAAACAAGGCAUUAGCAAAUUCAAAUGGCGAAAAGAAAGUUAAAGCUGAUGAAAAGAAGCAAAAAACUACUGAAAACGCUGCCGUUCCUUAUAUCAUGGAAGAAUACGAGGAUCUGUUUUACGCAGCAUAUUAUGGUGAGUGGGAAGACGCUAAAAAAUAUUUUGAGGCUCAUCCAGAUUCAAUCAAAAAAGCAAUUACAAGUGAGUCAGAAACAGCAUUGCAUGUAGCUGUGAAGUUUACAGAGUGGGAUUUUGUGAAGGAGAUUGUGAAAUUCGUAUCUCGAGAUGUUCUUGAAAUAAAGGAAAAAUCUGGUUUGACAGCACUUCACAUGGCAGCGGCACUCGGAAAUGUUGAAGCUGCUCAGUCUAUGGUAAAGAAAAAUCGCAAAUUGAUAAAACUACGCGAUAAUGACGGAAAUAUACCACUUGAAACUGCAAUUUCAAACGUCUCAGAUGGACAAAAUAAGGCUGUUGAGUAUCUUUACACUGAAACUCUAAAGUACUACCCAAGUCUAUUCUCCGGUCCUCAAGGUGCUAAGCUCUUGUGCUGCGCGAUUGAAGCCAGUUUCUUCGAUGUGGCGAUUUCGAUUGUUGAACAGUUCCCAGAUUUGGCCAUGGAGAAAAUUGAAAAAAGGGAGAUGUACGUUCUAGAGUCGAUCGUCUGCAGGCCAUUUUCAUUUCUUAGUGGAACCAAGUUAUCAUGGUGGCAACGCUUCGUCUACUCUUUGAUUCGUGUUGACAUGCGUUCACCGUAUGACAAGCUUGAUUCGGAAGAAGACAAGGAGAAUCCUUCGGAAAACCAAGAAAGCACCAUUAGAGACGAAGAGAACCUUUUGGAGAUUUCAGAGGGCCUUAUAAUUAGAGAUGAAGAUAAUCAUUUAGAAAGUUCUCAAGUCCCCAUAAGAGAUGAAGAGAAUCCUUUGGAUAGUUUAGAUGGCCAGAUAGGAAACGAAGAGAAUGAAAAUGACGAGACUGAGUCCGAUAAACUGUCAGUUGUCUCAUCAGUCGUCUCCUCAAUUAAGUCCUCAGCUAGUAACAAAGGAAUGCUGAAAAAGUUCAUCUCCGGACAUAUCAUGCCUUUCUACACAAAAGUGCCCCUUGUGAAACGUCUGUACAGCGAAAAGUUGAUGCACAAACAAGCCGUUAUUUUGGUUCAAAAGAUGCUAGAACAAAUUGACGAGAAUACAACCACUAUCACAGAAGUUAUUGAUUUUCUUAACAAAACAUGCGUCGUAGACACGGCUAUUAAAUAUGGGAUCACUGAGUUUAUUGUGGAGUGUCUGAGUAUAUUUCCUUUUGCGGGAGAUGAAACAAUGAUACAGAUAGCCAUUGCAGAACGAAAUGAAAAGAUUUUGAAUCUCAUAUUGGAAACCAGUGAAGAUCAAAAAGAUGAUUUGCUUUCUAAAAUAGAUGAAAAUGGUAACAGUAUUCUACAUUACGUUGCCAAAAUCGCACCAUCUUACCAACUCAAUUCAGUAUCCGGUGCUGUGCUACAAAUGCAACGCGAAACACAGUGGUAUAAGGGGAUUGAAAGCAUGGUACAUCCAAUCUUGAAACACACCAGAAAUGCUAAUGGGGAUACAGCUCAAUUUGUAUUCAUAGAGGAACACAAGAAGUUAGUAGCGACAGGAGAAAAAUGGAUGAAAGAGACGUCUGGGUCUUGCAUGGUGGUUGCGACCCUUAUCGCUACUGUUGCGUUUGCAGCUGCUUUCACUGUCCCAGGAGGUAAUAUUAGUGAUCCAGAUAACCCUAGAAAUGGCGUCCCCAUUUUCUUGACCAAGAACACAUUUGCAAUGUUUGCGUUAGCAGACGCUGUAGCUCUAUUCUCGUCAAUCACCUCCGUCAUUAUGUUUUUAGCUAUCAUGAGCUCUCGUUAUGCCGAAGAGGAUUUCCUGAAGUCAUUGCCACAGAAACUGAUAAUUGGUCUUGCAAAUUUGUUCCUUUCUAUGGCCAGCAUACUGGUAGCUUUUGGUGCAGCAUUCACCCUUGUUCUUAGACACCGAUAUUCAUGGGCUCCAAUUCCAAUAGCGGUUUUUGGUUUUAUUUCUGUGUUCUUAUUUGCUUCUCUGGAGUUUCCUUUAUUUCUUGAAAUGGUACGUCUCACAUAUUGGCCUCGUGUCUUGAAAGCAAAGAAUCGCCGGCCUAUUUUUUCCGAGAAGGAAGUCCGACGAACUUUCAAGCAAAACAGCAUUAAGCGAAAGGCCAAGAAAGACAAUUAAAACCAUAUCUCUUAAGUUCUUAUGAAACCACAUUUGGUGAUUAUGGUAGUGGGCUAGUGGCUUUCAACUGGUGUUCUACUUGAAUGAAUUACUUGUGAGGGGUGUGGUCGUGGCCUCGUGGGUAAUAUGUUCAAAAAAAUUUUCCCUUUUCGUUUGGCUUGUAAGCUUUGCUAGGGAAUUGGGUGCCUUACAUAA